AUGGCAGACUCUAUGGAUUACCUCUCCCCAGAUUUCGACCUCAAUACCUUAACUGUUCCCCGUCUUCGAGCGAUUCUCGUCAAUCACGAUGUCUCCUAUCCGGCCUCAGCGAAGAAGUCGCAGCUUAUUCGCAUCCUGGAGGACGAGGUCCUGCCCCAGGCAAAGAAACUAAUUCGAGAUCGCGAACGGGUGAAGAGGACGAGUGAUGGAAUAACGGAUAUGGGAAGCCGAGCGUCAUCCGUCGCUAGUUCGUUCGAUGGUUAUCAGGAUUAUCACGAGGGUGCGGAUAGGGAUUCCAUGCCUCCCCCACCUACGCCUUCGAGUGUGUCGACGACCGGUGCGCGACGGGCCCGGUCGACGCGCGGUACAAGAGCGUCUACGGCAGAUGUGGAUGAGCAUAAUAUUCCAGCUACACCAGCGACUGCUUCGAGGCGGUCUGUAGCACGAUCCCAGAGUAGAACUUCUCACCGCACGGACAGAAACGAUGAGGGUGUUGCAACACCGGUCGCCAGGAAGGAUAUGGCCACUCCCCGACAGUCUACUGUUAAAAAGCUACGGAGAAGUGAAAUGACCCCCUCGACCGAACCAGAACUCCCUAUGCCCCGUCAGCCAUCUAUAAAGCCCGAGCCAGUCGAUCAUGGCAUCUUCACAUAUGAUAACCCAUUCCAGAGUGGAAGCUCUCCUGCUACUUGGGAGCAGCAGAAACUACGGAGUGCGAGUCGAAAGAGUAAGUCUCGAGUGUCGGAAAGUCCUUCCAAGGAUGGUCUACGUGCACGUAAAUCAGAGACGCCCAUCAAACAGGAAGACGAGUCUUUUGCUUCUACUAGGUCACCAUUCAAGGUCUCGGCUCCUCGUUUGGAACCAUACCAGGAAGAACCUGAAGAGGAGGGUUACAAUGAUGAGAGCGACUUUGAUGCGGGCGAAGAGUUUACACCUGAGGAGCAACUGGCGUUAGAGUAUGAGCAAGCAGGUCGAAUGUACGCAGCUCCUACGCAACCCAGUCGUCGGAAACGCAAACAGAGCAAGGCAAGCAAGGCUGCCCCAUGGGUGGUUAUCUUAUCCCUUCUAAGUGGCUUUGCUGGUUGGUGGCGUAAGGAGAAGGUCGAGAUCGGUUUCUGCGGAAUCGGCAAACCUACAUGGUCGUUGGCAGAAACCAAAGUACCCGAAUGGGCCAAUGUUCUCGAGCCACAGUGUGAGCCGUGCCCGCCGCAUGCUUUCUGUUACCCUAACUUUGAGGCCCGCUGUGAGCAUGAUUUCAUUCUCACAUCUCAUCCCUUAUCUCUGGGCGGCCUUAUCCCUCUUCCCCCAACAUGCGAGCCCGACAGCGAGAAAGCUCGCCGGGUGAAAGCCGUUGCGGAUAAGGCAGUAGAAGAACUUCGUGAUCGAAGGGCCAAGUGGGAAUGUGGUGAAUUGGCGGCAGAUGGGAGGGAAGCAAAAUCUCCGGAAAUUAACGAGCACGAUCUGAAGCGGGAAAUUGGAAACAGGCGACGCAAGGGCAUGAGUGACACUGAAUUCGACGACCUGUGGCUGGGAGCUCUGGGCGAAGUAAUUGGAAAAGAGGAGGUCGUGGCCAAAACUCAACAACCCUCCGGUGCUCUCACCCUCUCCUCUACAGCCUUCACACGUCUCCCCCUCACAUGUGCCUUCCGCCGUCACCUCCGACUCUCUCUCCUCGCUUAUCGACUCCCUCUUUCAAUUCUAAUUCUCUGCGUCGGUGCCUUUAUUUACAUACGUUCUCGGAUACUUGCUCGCCGCUCGGAUAUGGCUCGGGUGCCUGAACUUGUUGGCACAACCUUGGAUCGAUUGGCGACGCAGGCAGCUUUGCAUGCUCGCGGCGCAGCUCGUGAACCGUAUAUCCCUAUUGGCCAACUACGAGACGACGUGUUGCGAUCAGAACUGCAAGGACGCAGGCGGGAGGACCUCUGGCGGCGCGUCCGCAAUGUUGUGGAGGGAAACGCCAAUAUCCGGGCUGCAGUUCGAGAGGGUCGUGGCGGCGAUGUUGCACGUGUGUGGGAAUGGAUUGGAGGGAUCAGCAGCUGCAGCUAUGAUACCACAGGCAGCCCCUGCACCGAAUGCACGCUACAAGGAUGUCAAUGUUUCGUCGACGAGUCCGCCGACAAACGCCGUAAGGUGGCCGCCAAGCGCGCCGAGGAGGAGAAUAAACGCCUUUUGGAACGCGUGAAGCAUCUUGAAGGAUCAAGGGAUUAUGAGCGCCAAUUCAAGGAGCUGUUGAUCGAGGCAUUUCGAGAGGGAGACGAUGAUUCUGCGGCUGCAAUCAUUCAUAACAUCAGGGCACGGGUACCCGAAAACCACAUUUUAGAAGUCCUCAAUCAGGUCUUGGACAAGGCUGAAAAUCAGGCUUCUAACCUCGAGAACGGAGUCGACGAUGCGCAAGAUGGAAUGAUGGUGGACGGUGUGCCUCCAUUUUAUCCGCCUAAUUAUGCGACUCGAUGA